GCAGCGGGACAGACGCCAGGUGUCUCCUCGCUCUCCGCUGAAGUAUCUGAAAGCAGUUUUGUGAAGAGGACGAGAUGUAAAGUUUUAAACCCUGACUGAUAGGAAAGAAAAGAAACUCUCGACAGACAUCAUUUGUUUUCAUUGUUAUGUGCUGUCUCGCCGUUGCACUGACAAGAUGAGCGGCGGUAUGAGGCGGACUGAGAGAAAUGGAGAACAGGACAACAAAGCUAACGUCCAAUGCAGGCGGCUUAGACUCACUUUACAAGAUCAGGAUCAGUCAGGCUUCAUCUCGGAGCGGCACAGCAACAAGGAAAGCAGCAUUGCAGUAGUGCUGCCACAGAAACCAGAGGAGCAGGAAGAAACGCUUAUCACUCCCACAGAAGAACAAGUUGAAGUCAUUAAGGUUUAUCUCGAAUCCCGUCGAGGGGCAACUGAGAGUGUCAAAAUGCUGACGGACGAGGUGUCGCAGAUUCAGGAGGUGAGGUACUGUCUGAAGACUCUGAGAGAGCAGAUGGCAGCCAGGCAGAACACAAACAACAACAAGUUUCCAGCCAAUGGCUUCACAGUCCACAUGCCCAGCAGCCAACCAGCUGUCACCAACGGCAACGCUAUUCUCCCUGACUCAGACUCUCAGGUCGGGGAUAAUCAGGAGGAGAGUGUGAGGCUCAGGGAGGCGACCAAGCGUCUGUACGCGCAGCUGAAGGAGAUGGAGAAGAGGCAUCAGGAGGAGAGGGAGAGACUGCAGGCCGAGUCACACGAGAACGGUGUUCGUCUGGCCAAGCAGUCGGAGCAGCUGCAGGAGGAGGAGAAGCGGUCCGAGGAGAGGGGUCAGCAGGUGGAGGAGCUGCAGAGGCUGCUGGGAAGCAUGGCAAUCGAGAGCCGCAACCUCAAAGACAAGAUGGCGGCAGGGGAGGCAGAGCUGCUGCAGCUCAAAGCAGGCGAGGAGGAGGGGGAGGAGAGUGAGCAGAGGUGUGAGGAGCUGGAGAAGGAGGUGGCCAUACUGAAGGAAAAGAUUCAUCACCUUGACGACAUGUUAAAGAGUCAGCAGAGGAAAGUCCGCCACAUGAUCGAACAGCUGCAGAACUCCCGGACGCUCAUCCAAGAGAGAGAUCGAUUCAUCAGGGAUCUGGAGGAGAAAGUGGCUUUCCUGGAGGCUGAGAACAGAGAAAUGCAUGACCAUUUGGACUACUUCCUGGCAGGUCAGGGGCCUCCGCCCAUGACUUCCACUAAUAAGAAGCCAGAGGUUGUUUACAGUAAAACACUCACACCGACGACACAGACCAACAAGGCCCUCCCGUUCAUCAAAGUCAUUGAGAUCAAGUCGUGAGCAGAGUGUCAGCCAAAGAAAUGACCAGAUGGAAAAUACAGUGUAAAUGUAUAUAUUUAACCACCCAGCAGUCCGUCAAACGUAGAUCUGCAGUGAUUUAAAAAGCUGGCUUAACAGACCUCAUGGUGACAAAGCACAUUAGUACCUCCAUAGUUACUCUUGAGGCUGUUCUGCAUACAUUUAAUGCAUCCCUCCGUGUCAAACAGAAUCUAAAAAAGGAGAGAGAAAUUCAAACUAGGAUCAAAAAGGAAGGGGCUCUGCAAUGCAAAUAGUUUUUCUGAACAUCUUACAUAGUAUACAAAGAGACAAAUCUGUGCAGCAUACGCGUACUUUGUCAGCAAUCCGUAACGAUGCAGUAGCACUAGCAAGAGUUCAGUAACGUUCUCUGUUUAUUUGUAUCCUCCUCCACUUCUUUCCCAUGCAGAAAUAAGAUGUUUGAAUAGGUCAAUGAAAAAGGUGGGUCUAGAUUAAAAACGACUCUGUUAUUAUUUUUAAAUGUCCUUGUUACAAGAACAUUUUGUCAAAUGUACAAAUAUUCCAGUGUGUUGAGUGUUUUCAGCACUUCUUCAUCCUACAGCCUAUUGACCUCAGACUGAAGCAGCAGCAGCGGGGUUCAGGGUCAGAUUUCUCAGUGCUUUGCACCACAUUGCCAAUGGCAGGCAUGCAGUUGGCAUCGUAGAAAUAUGAGUUAUGUUAAACUUAAGUAUAUUUCUCUGACAUAAGAGUGAGUUAAAUAUAAAUAGACGCUAUUUUUAUGUAUUAGAAUUUAGACCUUUUUUUUUAGCUAUGCUGGUAAAUACUUAUUCGAGGCUAUUUGUAGAGAUAGAGGCUAGCUGAUCUUUAGCAAAUAUAUUUAUUUACAUUUAUGCUGCCAAGUUCUGCCUCAACACCUUUAUUACAUAUCCUGUUUUGUGCUUAAAUGUUGCAUAUUUAAUAACAACGCCAAUUCAAACUUACUUACAUCAUUAUGCAUUGUUUGUGUGGCUGUUUUUCUGUAAAAUACUUGGAAUCGAGGAUGUUCCUUUUUAUAAACUGAGUACCCAUUUACUGUGAACACUGUAGAUAGAAACAUUGAAGUUGAGUCUGUUGUUUCAUUGAAGACCGUCACAUUUUAUUUCAAUAAAAAUGAAAUACCUGGUUUUAUCUGACUUAAUUGUUGUAUCUCUGAUGUUGCAUUUUACUCAGUAACCUUGUACUGCCACCUAGUGGAGAUAUUAA